GCGAGUCGUAAAAGUAGUUUGGGGCUACAGCACAGUUUGUGUUCGCUGUCAUGGAGUCGCAGGAGAAAAAGCGCAGUUUCCCAACAUUGUUUUGCUGCCUGUUAGUGUUGUGUACGCAGCCGCAGCUGGGUUUGACAGGAGACUGUCCUGCAGACGGACGCACCUGGGUGCCUUUUGGAGACAGAUGUUACCACUUUGUCCAUGGAGAAGAAGACAAAAUCAAAAGCUACUCGUUUGAGAGAGCAAAAUCUCUCUGCCAAGGCUUUGAGCUUUUGACCGUCCAGAGUGUUGAGGAGAAUGACUUUGUCAUUAAAUAUAGCCCAGAGGUGUGGAAAGGCAUUGUCAACGUGUGGCUGGGAAUGUACUAUGACACAAACAGUGAUGACAUGAAGUGGUUCGGUGAGGACCCUGUGAAAUUCACUAACUGGGAAGACAGCUAUUCUCCAUCAGACCUUGUGCCCGUAGAUUCAUGUGUGACUCUGCAUAGCAACACAGGAAAGUGGGAAGCUGUCAGCUGCUUGGAUGAUGUGGAGAACGGUGUGGUCUGUGAGGCAGCUCAGGAGGCAGAGGAAGCCAGGAACAAACCGAGUGCGCUGCUGUCGGCCCUGGUCAUUCUCAGUGUUGUAGCCAUCAUGGGAGUCUCUGCAGUUAUUUGGUUCCUGCACCAGAAGCAUAAUCUUGGCUCUACUAUCCUCACAGCGUUUGAGUACCACCCUCCAUUCCGAGUCCUGGACACAGACCGGUCCUGCCUGGUGGAGGCUGAAGAGACGGACAGCGUGCCAUAGGAAACUAUAGUACAUGCUUUCUUCGCUAGGUGAAUUCCGCUCUUAAAACAGUUACUGAAGCGGUUUUGGGUUAGCACAAUGUCUAUGACUCAGACUAAUGUAGUGUGAUUGAGAAAACUGAUGCCAUUACUAACCUCCCACUGUGGCACAUCCUAAAACAUCUCAUCACUUCUGCUUUUUUUUUUUUUGUCAUCUGCACUAACGAAAUCAUAACGGAUCAUGUCAUCUGUGAUUGGAUGUACACUAACAUCAGACUAUUUAUGAGGCACUACACAUUGUUUGGAUAACUUUUGGGAUCUUUAGUUUUCUCUCAUAUUGAAAGUAACUCACUACUGCUUAUAAAGAAGAAGAUAUUAACUGAAGAAAAAAUCUUACUUUGAGCAGGCAGAAAUGUUCUGUUCAGUAUUUUAUUCCCAUAAAAUUGGGGAAUAGAGGGAGAUUAUACAACCAACGGCACAAAUCACUGUAGCUGAGAUUGAUGACUUUUUGCCCCUAGUAUGGUUUAAGCUCCAAAACUGGUGGAUUGGUUGAAUUUCUUUUUUGUUAACACCCUCCCCGCCUGUUAAAUGCUCAUGUCUCUCUCUGCUUCUCAUCUUGUGUAAACAGACAUGCGUAAAAUAGUAGUGGAGUGUCCCCCUUAAUAGUAUUCACAGAAACAGGAAUUCUCAAUCACACACUAUCAAAAUACCACGUUAGCUUAAUCAGCAAAUGUUGUGUGAGCAGUCGCUUAAUUACUUCAUGUAUGUGAAUGUUGCCAUUGAGGUGAUGUCACAUAGUCCAUUAAGCAGAUUCUUUUCCAUGUUAAAAAAAAAAAAUCCAAUUGACAUGGGAACCGUCCUAAAACAGGCAGACACCAUGACCAGUUUCCCUGCACUCCUGGUCUGACACUUUGUCCUGUUUUUUUUUUUUUAAACAACUUUUUGGCUGUUAAAACACCCUCUCGUCAUUUCAAGGUUUUUUUUUUUUUUUUUUUUCGGUUUUUGCCACAAUGACAACCAACCUACAAAUGCAGUUCAUCUGUCAUCUUUGUUCUGUUUAACUGAUCAAAAGAUAUAUGUAUUUUCUUAAAUCGUUUCUUAUGCAAUACAAUCUUGGCAUUAUAAUUGCAAAAUUUUUAAGGUGUCUCUUGUGAUUGUGAUGGAAAUAAACCAUCCGUUGGCAUUAAAGACAAUCAAGAUUUGGUCUGAGAUCUGAUCUCAUGGGUAUAAUGCAGAAGUUAAUAGAGACUUUAUUACAUUCUGUAAAAUAGCCCUCUUAAUAUAUAAUACAAUGUUUUGCAUUUUCAAUUGUAUAAGUGCUUUUGUGCAAUAUCUGACAAUAAUUUGGCAGAAUCUGAGCCCUUGUGUGUUUUCAUAAUAAAGAAUGUUUACCAUUGGAA